CCUUGUUGAUUUGCUGAGGAGCGCACAGCAUCGGUAUGGUGUGAUUUUGCGCACAGAUUUUGACCCGACGGACUUAAUUUUGAAAUUGAAAUACACAUUGUAAAUAGUUAUACGCUGUGUAAUCGUGACAUUUCCUGGACAAACACAGAUAAAUGUCAGUUGAUUUUCAGCCUCGCAGGACUUGCUCCCUCCCAUUUUCAGCACUUCUGCUUUUCACUGAGGCGCAAUCGUGCGCUUUUACGCACGGCUCCAAAAAGUGUGUGUCGGAGAGCAGAGAGCCAUGCAGGUCUGAAGUGUGUGAGGGUCUCUCAGCUGAAGCUGCCUCCCUCCCUGGAAGAUGGUCCUGCUGCUCGGUCUGCUUUUAACCCUCUGUGGAGCCCCGAGUCUGUGUCUGGAGGAAGACACAUCCUUUGUCUUGGAUGGAGACAUCCGUCACUUGGCCGUGGACAGUAACACGGUUUACAUCGCCACUGAAGAGAAACUGUACCAGCUGAACCACGACCUGACCCCGGUCCACAGUCUGACCCUGAGAGGAGUCCUGAAUCCGGACACGGAGGACUUCUACAGAGUUCCUGCUGCCGCUGACUGGAACGCAACUUUCAGGGUCAAUGUUUUAUUACCGUUUGAGAAGAAUCAGUCUGUGAUCAGCUGCGGUGUGAUCGAUGGAGCGUGUGGAUACUGUGAGAUUCUGGACCUGAACAACAUCUCCAACAUUCUGCACAAGGAAAACUUCCAGGUGGGACCAGCCAAACGCAGCAGCGCGUCCGUCGCUUUUCUGGUGACCCUGAAGAAAAACCAGCCUCGCAGUGACUCUUAUAUUCUGACUGCGAUACAACAGGACGGGUCUGGAGAGGAGAAAUGUCCCUCUGAUUCCAGAACCGUAAACCUUCAUAACACCGAUGAUGCUUCCUCCGGGGGGAUAUUUUCUCUAAAUGGGGCAUCUGGCAAACCCACCAUCACGAACCCACCGUUGACGAACUUGGAGUUCGUGGACGGAUUUCAGAUCGACUCGACCAUAUAUUUGCUUGCCAAUGUGCCAUCAGGCGCUAAAAACAACCGAAUCCGUCUGUUUUGGUUCGAAGACAAGUUAAAUAAAGAGGAGACUCUGAAGUCUCUGAGGGGAGCGACUCUCUCUGAUGGUGGCAGCAGACUGCUGGCCUCCUCGGUCGUCCCGGGUGGUCUGCAGAUGCUGUGGAGCGGCGUGUUCAGUGUGGAUGGAGGACAAACCAACACCCAGCUGCUGCUGUUUGACAUCAGUCCUGAUCUCUCAGGAGAGCCCGAUACAGAUCCAGUUUUAUCCUUCAACGUCAAACCGACAAGGGAGCCAAAGAUUCUGCAUCCGAUGGAAGUUCUCCUCAGACAGAGCAACAUGACCUCUGUUCUGGCAGUGAGGCAGAACGGCUGGAUGGUUUUCUUCAUCGGGACUGGAGACGGGCAGCUCAUCAAGCUUGCUGUGGACAGGAACUAUCACACCACCUGUCCCAGAGUGCUCUAUAAGUCCAACGAAGACCGCCGAGUGUUUUCCGGAAUGCAGCUGGAUCCAGUGGAUCAUAAACAUGUGUAUGUGCCAUUUCAAAAUGAGAUGAAGCGUGUGGCUGUAGCAAAGUGCAGCACACACACAAAUGUCCAGGAGUGGUGGACUGCUCAGGAUCCAUACUGUGUGUGGUGUGUCUCCAAAGGAAGCUGCACCUUUGAAGAUGACUGUGAGGACUCCCACUGGCUGUCCAUUCCUGAUGUCUUCCAGCAGAAACUGAUUUCCCACAAAGUUGUUGAAGACGGGACUGGACAGCUCACUCUGAACAUCCAGACUCAUGUGAAUGUGAGCAAAGAGACGCGGUUCGCCUGUCAGUUCUCCACAACUUCUGGGGAGCUUUGUAGCCGGGAUGGCCUUCCUCCACAGUUCCCACAAUGCACCUGCAUCCUUUCUAAGCAGACCGUUCCUCCUGAAGGCCUGCUGGUCACUGUAAAGAUGGUGCUUGGCUCAACAAGUCUGACCGAGAAACUGCAGUUAAUGAACUGUUCUGAUAUGAGUGGACCACCAACCCGAGUCUUGUGUCAGCAGUGUAUCAAAGCCGGCUGUGAAUGGAGCAACAACGGCUGUUCCUGGGCUAAUGAACAACUGUUAAAUGACAGUGUGUGUCAAACGCUGCAGUCUGAGCUGAACUUUCCUAAGCCUGAGAUCUCCUCCAUCAGCCCCAGCAUUGUGUCUUUCUAUGGAAGAAACCACGCAGUGUUGUCAGGUGGUAACCUCAGCAGUGUGACCGGAGUGAGGAUGCAGGCAGACCUGGACUGUACGCCACAGGAGUCUCCUGUCUGGAACAACAGCGGCUCCAGUUUGACCUUCCACAUUCCCAUAGCAAACAGUAAAACGACAGUGAAAGCCUGCGUUCUCCUCCCAGACGGCAGUUGCCACGGUGACGCGAGCAUCACCUACCAGUCUUCACCUUCCUGUCGAGACAUUUCACCGAGGAACUCCUGGAUCAGUGGGGGGAGGAAGAUCACAGUCAGUGGAUCUCACCUGGAGUUUGUGGAGGGGGUCAUUCACAGCCUAGUCCCUCAGGAAGUCCAACCUCCGACUGACAGGAACCAUCAGUUGCAGAUUCUCACCUUCGAGUCACCUGCAGCUACAAAUCCCUCUGGAGUUUCCAACAGUUCUGUUCUGUUGAAAGUCGCCAAUGAAACCUUGAUCUGCUCCACAAACCUGAUCUACCAUCCAGACCCAGAGUUCACCAGCUUCACAUCCACACAGAGGGGUGACGACGUCCAGAUCACCAUACAGAGAAAAGCAGACAAACUGGAGAUAACACCAGCGGAGUUGUCAGUAUGGGGGGAGCAGGAGGAGAAACGAUACCCCUGCAUCAUGGAAGACAAAGACCCCGGUGAAGAGUUAAACUUUUACUCGUGUGAGAUUCAAAGACCACCCAGCGCACAGUUCCAGACGUUAAAGAUCAAAUAUGGAUAUAAGACAGUGGAACUGGAGGACAACUCUCGAUUCAAGAUGUUGUUCAUGCUGCUCGCCCUUCUGCUAAUUCCCUGCAUCUUUGUUGUAGUGGUGAUCGUCACCCGACGCCAGCAGAAGAAGCUGCACGCCCAGAUGAACAGGUUCAUGGAGGACCUGGAGCUCGACAUCAGGAAUGACAUCAGACAAGGCUUUGUGGAUCUGCAGACGGAGAAAGCCGAUCUCAUGGAGAACGCUGGAGCGAUCCCCUUCCUGGACUACAAGCACUUUGCGUCCAGAAUUUUCUUCCCAGAGAGUGAGGCUCUGAUGGCGCUGUGUGUCAAAGACAUCGGGCAGGACGUGGAGAAGGUCCAGCUGGACGAGUGCUGUCAGGGUUUGUCCAGGCUCAUCCAGGACCAGGUCUUCCUCACGUCCAUGGUGCACGCUCUGGAGGAGCAGAAGAGCUUCUCCAUCAAGGACAAAUGCACGCUGGCGUCCCUGCUCACCGUGGCGCUUCACGGGAACCUGUCGUACCUGACGCAGGUGAUGGAGGCUCUCCUGAAGGACCUGAUGCAGCAGAGCAGCAACGCUCAGCCCAAGCUGCUGCUGCGACGCACCGAGUCCACCGUGGAGAAGCUGCUGACCAACUGGAUGUCCAUCUGCCUCUACGGCUUCCUCCGGGAGAGCGUCGGCCAGCACCUGUUCCUGAUGGUCAGCGCUCUCACGCAGCAGAUCGCCAAAGGCCCGGUGGACUGCGUCACGGAGAAGGCUCUGUACACGCUGAGCGAGGACUGGCUGCUGUGGCAGGCUCCAGAGUUCAGCACAGUGAAGCUGAAGGUGCUAUUCGCCGUGGGCACCGACGGCGAGGUGAGCGAGCCGCUGGAGGUGGAGGCCCUCAGCUGCGACACGGUGGAGCAGGUCAAGGAGAAGAUCCUGGCCACCUUCAGGGCCAAGUUCGGGUUCCCGUACAACACGCCGCUGAAGGACGCCCGCAUCGAGUACGAAAGGGACGGCUUGUUUCUUCCUCUGGAGGAAGUGGAUGCGAGUUCUGAGGUUAUCGGCGAGGUUACCAUGCUGAACACGCUGAGGCACUACAAGGUGGAUGAUGGGGCUAUUGUCAAAGUGCUCUCUAGGAAAAGUCACCCUCCUCUGAGCCCGCAGGGAAGUGUGAAAGAUGAUGAGAACUUCUCUGGGAAAUACUUCCAUUUGAUUGAUCCUGACGUGGUGGAGGACCAAAGAAAGAACCCGGAGAGGAAGAAGCUGAAGGUGAAGGAAGUGCAUCUCACCAAGCUGCUCUCCACCAAGGUGGCGGUGCACUCGUUCGUGGAGAACCUCUUCAGGUCCAUCUGGGGGACGUCGCAGAGCAAGCCGCCGCACGCCGUCAAGUACUUCUUCAACUUCCUGGACGCUCAGGCGGACAGCAUGAAGAUCAGCGACCCAGACGUUCUGCACAUCUGGAAGACCAACAGUCUGCCGCUGCGCUUCUGGGUCAACAUCCUGAAGAACCCUCAGUUCGUCUUCGACAUGGAGAAGAGUCCGCAUCUGGACGGCUGCCUGUCCGUCAUCGCCCAGGCCUUCAUGGACUCCUUCUCUCUGAGCGACACGCAGCUGGGGAAGCACGCACCGACCAACAAGCUGCUCUACGCCAAGGACAUUCCCAAGUUCAAGCAGGAGGUGAAGGCGUACUACAAGCAGAUCCGGGACCAGUCGCCGGUCACGGAGAGCCAGUUUCAGGAGUUCCUGCGCGAGGAGUCGAAGAAGCACGAGAACGAGUUCAACGAAGCCGCCGCCCUCAGAGAGAUCUACAAAUUCAUCCAGCGCUACUUCGCAGAGAUCAAAGAGAAGCUGGACCAGAACGGCGCUCCUGCGGAGCUGUCCGAACAACUGCAGCAUGUUAAAGACUCUUUUGACGGACUGAAGAGCUGCUCCUGGGACUGAGAUCAGAGACUGAGGGGAUGUUUCCCUGCCGCGCAUGAGGCUGGACUUCCAGGAAAAACAAAGGACGAGUCUGCUGGAGGCGUCUGGUCACCAUCAGUUUUUAAUU